AUGGAUUACGGCGGCGGCGCCUCCCCGGAUCACUACGGCGGAGGCAGAGGAGGAAGCAUACGCCUGGUCUGCGACAACUGCGGCGCGGCGGAUAAGUACAACCCCGACGACGCCGAGGACGGCUUCUUCUCGUGCCGCCAGUGCUCCGUCGUCCACACCUCCACCCAGGCGACUGCCGCGGACCCCGACGAUUUCCAAGCCACCGGCACCAUGUCCUUCCGCCGACUUCGAGGAGCCGCGCGACUUUGUUGUUGGCGCCAAGGCUUGGGACGAGCCAGAGGAGCUGGGUGCUCGGGUCCGGUGGCGCUACGUGCAGGGGCUGCAGGUGAUCCUGCAACAGCAGCUGGAAGUGCUGGUCAAGAGGUACCGGGUGGGCGCGCUUGUCUGUGGCCUGGCUGGAACUAUCUGGGUGCGGUGUGUGGCUACCUCCAAGGUGUUCGACGAAAUUUGGGCGCGGAAGGUGCUCGUGGAGGACGAGGCUGUGCAGAGACUGAAGUGCUCUGCCAGUGGAGGUGCGAACAGAAACCUCAAGAGGUGAAAUGUGAAUGGGGGGGUGAAGCCUUGCCACGCAAAGACAGGCGAAGGGUUGAGUUCAUCUUUGUGCGCUCAUUGAGAACGAUGCUGCCACUGUACUCAACAUUGUCUGUAUGUUUCCUGGCAUGUCAUAUUGCCCGGGAAGCCAUCCUACCGACUGACAUCUAUAGGUGGGCAAUGGAGGGUAAGCUUCCUUAUAUGGCAGCAUUUACCGAAGUGGACAGGCUUCUUGGGAGCUCUGUAAAACACUGCCCUUUGAGUGCAAGACAACUAUUCAGACCAGUCCGAGUGAUUGGAACAUGGCAACUGGAAGCUGCAGCUGGGUCCAUUGCACAACGAAUAGGAUUGCAGCUUCCUUCAGUUAAUUUCUAUGCUAUUGCUCAACGCUACUUGAAUGAGUUGUCUCUGCCGAUAGAAAGAAUCCUCCCUCAUGCUUGCCGCAUCUAUGAGUGGGCAUUGCCUGCAGAACUAUGGUUGUCUAGUAAUCCAUUAAGGGUCCCCACACGGGUCUGUGUAAUGGCUAUACUAAUAGUGGCUCUAAGAGUUCAGUAUAACAUCCAUGGUCAAGGGAUAUGGGAGGAGAUUUGUGAGACAGGAAGAAAUGCAGAUGGGUCUGAUCCUGAUGAGAAUUUACCACCAUCUAUGAGGCCUGAAGGCGGCACUAGUGAGGAAUUUGGCACAAGGGAAUUGCUAUGCACUCUUGCAAGUGCCUAUGAUAAAAUUGAUGUUGCGCAUGACUAUUCAAAGGACCUUCACUCUUAUCUCAAGUACUGCAAAGAUAUUGUUUUCCCUGGGAUUGCAUGUUCAAUUGAAGAGGAUCACUUAAUAGAGAUCUUUCAGGAUAUGUACAAAGGACGAGAGGAUGGGAAUCCAAAAGCUCACAUGGAGGAAACGCAAACCACGAAUGGAGUGAUGAAUAAACGAUGUCGGGAUGGAACUUCUGUUGGUGCAAGGAGCAUUUCUGCAUCAUCAUCAGGGAUCCAAAGGAUCAAGUCGGAAAUGGAAGAUCAUGGGUUUUGUUAUCUGCCGCCAAGGAAGUUGCUUAGAUCAAAUGGCUACCUUCACUAUAGAAGGAAGACAAUAACCGGUAGUCUUGUUUGCAUCGGACAUGCUGAUUAUUACGUGCUGAUACGCUCAUUUGCAAAGCUUGCAGAAGUUGAUGUUAGGGUUCUGCAUACCAGUGUGCUAAAACUUGAGAGGAGACUUGCCUGGAUAGACGAGCGGAUAGGCAGAAGCUUGGAUGCCUUGCAGAAUCCACCUAUUAGCUAAGUUUUCUUUUUCUUUUUCCAUCUACCUAGUUAAGCUAAUGAUGCGUGAAAGUCGUGUUUCUUUUUCGAGCAAAAGGAAAGGACAUGUUGUUUUCAUGCUGAAGGUUUGAUGGAUUGUUGUAAUGUGGUGAGUCAGUAUAAGAAGCUUUUUUUUUGCGGGGCAGUAUAAGAAGCUUUACUCUUUCCUUUUCUUUUGGCAAUCAGUAGAGCUCAUUUUAUAGCUCAUACAUGUAACACAUCAAUCUUCAGUCAAUUUU